AUGUCCAGCUGCUGGAUCAUGCUGGCUUUUAUUUUCUCAAUGCUGUCCAUGCAAGUUCACUGCUGGUCCUACUUCUACUCUAACACCACCAUGAACUGGGCAAAUGCCCGAGCAUGGUGCCAAGAGCACUACACCGACAUGGUGGCCAUCCAGAACCAGGAGGAGAUAAGCCAUUUGAACACCUGGCUGCCAAAAAAGAACAACUACUACUGGAUCGGAAUCCGAAAAAUCAACGGUACCUGGACGUGGGUGGGCACCAACAAGUCUCUGACAGCAGAGGCCACCAACUGGGCUCAGGGAGAGCCCAACAAUGGCAUGCACGGCAAAAUCCAUGGCAAUAGCGAGGAUUGCGUGGAGAUGUACAUCAAGAGGAGUCCGCAGCCCGGGAAAUGGAACGACGAGAGAUGCAGUAAGAAGAAAACGGCUCUGUGCUACACAGCUGCGUGUCAGAAAGACUCAUGCGUCUAUGGAGAUUGUGUCGAAACCAUUAACAGCCACAAGUGCCAGUGCUUCGAAGGCUUCUAUGGAGAUAAGUGUGAAUACGUUGUUCAGUGCAACAAAAGCGAGCUGACACUCCCUCAUAAGGGCAGCGUCGAAUGCACAAACAAGUAUGGCGAAUUCACCUUUGACUCCUUAUGUCAAUACUCCUGCGAAGAAGGAUACCAACUAAGUAGACAAGAACCCUUAAGGUGCACCGCCACCAAAAACUGGUCACAAACGCCUCCUACAUGUCAAGGUGAGUGGAACAACAUGUCACAAAAAUAACCAAACUUCACUUACGUCAUUCAAGAGUUCCUGAUUUAUUUAUUCUUAUUCUCUGCAGCCGUCCAGUGUCCUGCCUUACUCCAAUUGGACAACGGCACAGUCAGCUGUGAAGAUGAUGAUCCAGACACGAGGUUCAGCUACGGGGGCACCUGCACGUUCAGCUGUGACCUCGGCUAUCGGAUGGUGGGCCCGAGCGAAGUGACGUGCACAUCGGCUGCGCGGUGGAGUGACACGAUGCCGCGCUGUGAAGCAAUUACAUGCCCUGCCCCUGAAGUUCCCAAAAGAGGUCACGUGAACUGCACUUCAUCCCUUCUCCCAUCAUGGGGCUCCUAUCUGCACAAUACAGUCUGCACAUUCAGCUGUGAUGAAGGCCACGAACUCCGAGGCGCUUCCAACACUGCGUGCACGCUUCUGGGCGAGUGGAACGUCGUGCCUCCGACAUGCAUAGGUAUAAAAGUGGACCGCUUUAGUGCUAUUACGGCUGGUGCAACAAUAGGAGGCGCUGUGUCAUUGUCUACCUUGUCUGUGGUCAUGUGGAUCCUCAGACGAAUGAGGAAGAAGGCAACCAAGUUUGAGCUGAACAGCAACUCUGACAUUGAAGACCCUCCUCAAGUCUACAAAAACAGCAUUGACAGCCUCAUAUAG